GAUUGUUUAAACAGUGGUCACUCGCCGUGCGACUCCGCCGCGGCUGACAGUGUUCCGCAUUUGAAGCGCGCCAAUUUUGACAUUUAUUUUUUAUCUGUGUUAGUGUUACAAGUUUUAAAAAUGUUGCGAAUUAUUAUACUUAGCGUCACAUUGGGCGUAGCCGUCAACACUCAGUCACCUUACUCAGCAGCUUCAGAAUCUCAAAGAAGAUUCGCUCUCGAGAACAGAUACGACGAUACAGGUCCAGGGGCAAAGGGUCCAGAAUACGCCUACAACACGUACAAAACACUCGAAGAAGCUCUGGUCUCCUACAUCGACGACGCAGACACGAAACUACCAGAACAAGAACGGGCUAAAGUGGAACGAUUUGUUAAUACAGACUUCAGUCAACCAAUUCGGGAACUCCCCAAGACUGUAGAAGAAUACACUGGAUUAAAACAGCCCACCCGUCCCCAAUUACAGCCCUUGAGACGACCGAUACAGCCUCCACCAAUCAGACAGCAGCAAGAGCAAUUUUUACCCCAGCCAGUUCAAUACCAGCCUAUUUUAUCACAACCCUCAUUCCAACCAUACCCAGCUCAAUAUAGGCCAGAAAAACUCUUUUUGCAGAACCCAAACACAAAGAACUUAUUCCCUGACUUCCGUGGCUCAGACUUGAAACAGAGUGUACAAAGUGGUAUAUUAGAGCCAUAUAGGUUGCAAAGAGUUCCAGCUCCAGUGAACCAGGCGUAUUAUACGCAGAAUGUGGAGUUAAAUGACCGGCCUUACGAUUCUCAUCCACAGUACACGUUCUCUUAUGGAGUGCAUGAUAAGAAGACGGGCGACUCAAAAUCAGCGCAAGAGAGUAGAAAUGGCGGGUCAGUGAAGGGGUACUACACAUUUGUCGACCCUGACGGCAAACAACGCACUGUGCACUACACAGCUGACGACAAAUUCGGUUUUAGGGCCACUGUUCAACGUACACAUAUGAAUACACAAUAAAUUAUUUUAUUUAUAUUUAUAAAAAUAAUGAUGUAUUUACAUUUAGGUGAAGUUAUAUUUAAUAGUAAUAAAUUAGCUGGAUUAAAAAUAUCUCAAAUUUACCACGGAACUUUUAUAUAAGAAUCUGUUAAUUACUAGAUUAAAAGAUUAAUUAAAUAUUAAUCAGCAAUUGUAGUAUCGCAUUUUAACAUUUUAACCACGCUGGGUGAUUCGUCAAAACAUUUAAUACAGAGGAAUUUUAUUUUAUUAAACUAUUGUGAUAAUAGUGAUAGUACGGUCUAUAAAUCGUAUAAAUUUGAUAGUGUGUAUUUGGUAUGUGUAUCAGUGCUUCUGUCUUACCAUACUUAAUUUAUGAUCCAAGACUUAAUAUUGUGAAAUGGGAAAUCAAUGAACUACAUAUAAUUAUUAUACAUAGGUUAUAUUUAUAAUACUGAACGUGUUCAUCUAAAAGUUAAUAAAGUUGCCAAAUUAUUAUAAAGAUGUC